CCCUCAUGAUUGGCUGGUCCCAGGAACCAGCAAGUGUGGCUGCGCUCCAGGGUGUGUGGACGCCGCUUUGUUGCCUGAGGGGGGUGGCGGUGGAAGUUCAGGGGGUCGAGGGUUACAGCUCCUCUAGACCAGCAGUUGCGGCCGCUGCAGUCACUUCGCCCGGUAGCCUUUAGCCUAGGAGUCGCGCCGACAGCAGCCAUGAGCGGUGGCGUGUAUGGGGGAGAUGAAGUUGGAGCCCUUGUUUUUGACAUUGGAUCCUAUACUGUGAGAGCUGGUUAUGCUGGUGAGGACUGUCCCAAGGUGGAUUUUCCUACAGCUAUUGGUAUGGUGGUAGAAAGAGAUGAUGGAAGCACAUUGAUGGAAAUAGAUGGUGAUAAAGGUAAACAAGGCGGUCCCACCUACUACAUAGAUACUAAUGCCCUGCGUGUUCCAAGAGAAAACAUGGAGGCCAUUUCACCACUAAAAAAUGGAAUGGUUGAAGACUGGGAUAGUUUCCAGGCUAUUUUGGAUCAUACCUAUAAAAUGCAUGUCAAAUCAGAAGCCAGCCUGCAUCCUGUUCUUAUGUCAGAAGCACCGUGGAAUACUAGAGCAAAGAGAGAGAAACUGACAGAACUAAUGUUUGAACACUACAACAUCCCUGCAUUCUUCCUUUGCAAAACUGCAGUUUUGACAGCAUUUGCUAAUGGUCGUUCUACUGGUCUGAUUUUGGACAGUGGAGCCACUCAUACCACUGCAAUUCCAGUCCACGAUGGCUAUGUUCUUCAGCAAGGCAUUGUGAAAUCCCCUCUUGCUGGAGAUUUUAUUACUAUGCAGUGCAGAGAACUCUUCCAAGAAAUGAACAUAGAAUUGAUUCCUCCAUAUAUGAUUGCAUCAAAAGAAGCUGUCCGUGAAGGAUCUCCAGCAAACUGGAAAAGAAAAGAGAAGUUGCCACAGGUUACAAGGUCAUGGCAUAACUACAUGUGUAAUUGUGUUAUCCAGGAUUUUCAAGCGUCAGUACUUCAAGUGUCAGAUUCAACUUAUGAUGAACAAGUAGCUGCACAGAUGCCUACUGUUCAUUAUGAAUUCCCCAAUGGCUACAACUGUGAUUUUGGUGCAGAACGGUUAAAAAUUCCUGAAGGCUUAUUUGACCCUUCCAAUGUAAAGGGGCUCUCAGGAAAUACAAUGUUAGGAGUCAGUCAUGUUGUCACUACAAGUGUUGGAAUGUGUGAUAUUGAUAUCAGACCAGGUCUAUAUGGCAGUGUGAUAGUGGCAGGAGGAAACACGUUAAUACAGAGUUUUACUGAUAGGUUGAAUAGAGAGCUUUCUCAGAAAACUCCCCCAAGUAUGCGGUUGAAGUUGAUUGCAAAUAAUACAACAGUCGAACGGAGGUUUAGUUCAUGGAUUGGUGGCUCCAUUUUAGCUUCUUUGGGCACCUUUCAGCAGAUGUGGAUUUCCAAACAAGAAUAUGAAGAAGGAGGGAAACAAUGUGUAGAAAGGAAAUGUCCUUGAAAAAGAGUUCCCAAAACUCUACCUUCCUGUGUCACCUUACGUUUCAUAGCUUUAGUAUACUCAGGAAAGAAUGACCAUCUUUUGUAGAAUGUUUAUACAUUUUUGCAUAUUUCAAUUUCCACUUAAAUUUUUUAAGGCUUUAACUAGUUCUAUAAAUUAAAAUGGGUUUGUGCUUUCCUUGAAAUGCACUUAUUCUUAUUACAAGCAUUUUAUAAUUUUGUAUAAAUGUCUAUUUUCUCUAAAUAUUUUGCUUUCAGUAAAAUGCUUUCCAACUCUGUUUAGUAUAUUAAUUACCAGUGGGUGGUAGAAUUGCUUUUUAUUGACUAGUAAAAGUUACUGCCUAUGCUUUUACCUCAGGCUUGCAAAUUUAAAUAAAAAUUACUAGCCAUUCCAAAAAUAU